UCGACAGGUAACAAAUAGACUUCCAGGGCGGCCGCGGGCACGCCAGUCGACCCGCCAGGCGCUCACCUGCCUCUUCCUCCGCCGCCCGGCGCACCUGGCCACACGCGCCCUGGUCCCGAAGGCGGACGGCCCAACUCCGCGGAGUCGGACCGUCUUUCCGCGGAACGCGGGUGCGCCCCGGAGACCCCGGCCCCGCACCAGCCCCGCACCAGCCCCGCCCCGCGCCGUCCGGCUCCGGGGACCGAAGCGCACCGGCCCGGGAGAGGACGGCUUUAAAAUGCCCCGCGCGUUCCUGGUGAAGAAGCCGUGCGUCUCCACGUGCAAGCGGAACUGGAGCGAGCUCCCGGACGAGCAGCGCGGCGAGAUCUACGUGCCAGUCAGCCUGGGCUUCUGCCCACCGCAGCCCUACCGGGAGCCGGAGCCGUCCAUAGCCGAGCCCCCCGCCUGCCCCCUGGCACUGGACAUGAGCACCCGGGACCCCGGCUACAGCCUGGCACCGGGACCCUGCGUGGUGGCCCAGCUGCCCUCGGAAGACAUGGGCCGCGUGGUAGACGUCCAGAGCCGGGAACAUAGCUUCCUGCGCACCAAGAUGAAGGUGACCCUGGGGGACGGUCCCGGCGGCGACCUCUUCACUUGUCACAUCUGCCAGAAGACGUUCAGCUACCAGCGCAUGCUGAACCGUCACAUGAAGUGUCACAAUGACAUCAAGAGGCACCUGUGCACCUACUGUGGGAAGGGCUUCAACGACACCUUCGACCUGAAGCGGCACGUGCGCACGCACACCGGCGUGCGGCCCUACAAGUGCAGCCUGUGCGACAAGGCCUUCACCCAGCGCUGCUCGCUGGAGUCGCACCUCAAGAAGAUCCACGGCGUGCAGCAGAAGUACGCAUACAAGGAGCGGCGCGCCAAGCUGUACGUGUGCGAGGAGUGCGGCUGCACGUCCGAGAGCCAGGAGGGCCACGUCCUGCACCUCAAGGAGCAGCACCCCGACAGCCCGCUGCUGCGCAAGACCUCCAAGAAGGUGGCCGCAGCCCUGCAGAGCACGGUCACCUCCCUGCUGCAGGGCAGCCCCCGCCUCUGAGCCGCAGCCGCCCUCCUGACUCGGCCCCCCACCCCUGCAGGCCUGCGCGCGCACGUGGACCGGGCUCCGGCCCCUGCCCUGCCCUGCACGUCUGCCUGCGGCCAGAGACUGCGCUGGGCCCCGGGCCGUGGGUGCACGGCGGCGGGCCUGGGGGGGGGGUGCACUCGGCUUGCACACGCGUGUGCAGACGCCUUCCCACGGAUCACCUCAUGUUUAAGAAAUCAGCUACAAGGUGCCAAGGAGGUUUUAGUUCCUUUUUUUUUUUUUUAAGAUACAAGUGUACAGAUAGUAAUAUAUUUUUGGUGCCAAUGGCGACUGUUUUUAAGAGAGGGAUGGAGCUGGCUUUUCUCCACCCCUGCCGUUCUAUUUAUCCUGCACAUUUCUGACCUGUGUGCCUCGGCUCUGGGGGGCGGCCCUCUCGGGGAUACCAGGGCUGCCUUCAGCCACCCAGCACGCCUCCUCUUCCUCCGCUCCCGCCUCUCAGGGAGGAGCCACCGUCCGGGGGGCGGGGCUCUGGGGCCAGCCAGGUGGGAUGAGGAAGGAGCUUUGACGGCUGCCUGAUUAAGUCGGCAACCCUUGCACCGCAGGGGACCAGCAGUAACCAACACCUCACAAACUUCCGGGGGAGGAGGUAUUAGAUGGCCUUUUAUUUUUGUUUUGACUGUUUUUCCCUUGGCCUCGCUGGGAUCCCAAAGUCCCUCAGGGCUGGGCGGCUCAGGCUCCCUUGAUGACACCGGGUCUCCUGCUGAUAAGCAGAGGCCCGCAGGGGCUAGGGGCAGCCGCUGGACAGUGACGGCGGGGCAGACACCAGAGACCACAGAGCGCGCCAGGCUGGGCAGCCCCGGAAGCCAGACCCCGCGUGGAGCCAGCGGGCCCCGGCACUGGCCGGGUGCGGGGAAGGCGCCUCCCGGGGCCGUCUGUAGGGUGUGGACUGACUCGAGCCUCUUGCUCUGUGUCCAGGGAGCUGCUGUCUUCUGAAAACGUUAUCUAUAAAACCCGCCUUAUCUGGAA